GGUGAGCAGAGCUGCCGAGCACCAUCUCAUCCUCCUCCACCCGCGUCAACGCCGCAGUCAAACGCCUCGCAUUCCCACUCCCCCCUCGCUCUCACCAUGCCGCUGCCGUCGCCGCCCGCCCGGCUGGCCGUGCCGGCCGCCGUCCUCCUCGUCCUCCUCCACCUCGCCGCCACGGCCACGGCGACCAACUUCACCUGCAGCGCGCCGCGGGGCACCACCUGCCAGUCCGCCAUCGGCUACCGCGUGCCCAACGCCACCACCUACGGGGACCUCCUCGCCCGCUUCAACACCACCACCCUCGCCGGCCUCCUCGGCGCCAACGGCCUCCCGGUCGCCACCUCGCCCAAGAAGCGCGUCGCCGCCAAGCAGACCGUCCGCAUCCCCUUCCGCUGCCUCUGCGCCGGCAACGGCGUCGGCCAGUCGGACCACGCGCCCGUCUACACCGUGCAGCCGCAGGACGGGCUGUACGCCAUCGCCCGCGACUCCUUCGACGCCGUCGUCACCUACCAGGAGAUCGCCACCGCCAACAAGAUCGCCGACGUCAACCUCAUCACCGUCGGCCAGAAGCUCUGGAUCCCGCUGCCCUGCAGCUGCGACCCCGUGGACGGCGCCGCCGCCGUCUUCCACCUCGCCUACAUCGUCGACGGCGGGGAGACCACCUCCGGCAUCGCCGCCACCUUCGGCGUCACCGAGGACACGCUGCUCAAGCUCAACAAGAUCGCCGACCCCAAGACACUGCAGAAGGACCAGGUUCUUGAUGUCCCGCUCCCUGUUUGCAGCUCAUCAAUCAGCAACACCUCGGAUGAUCAUGAUCUGCGCCUCCCGAACGGCACCUACACGCUCACCGCGCAGGACUGCAUCCAGUGCCGCUGCAGUUCAAACACCUUCCAGCUAAAUUGCACCGCAGUGCAAGGAAAAAAGGGAUGCCCAGCAGUGCCGCCGUGCAGCGAAGGGCUCAAUCUUGGGCAGACAAGUGGUGCCGGUUGCGACUUCAAGAUGUGCGCUUACAGUGGUUAUUCCAACAGCUCUUCACUCAGCAUACAGACCACUCUUUUCAAAAACCAGACAGCACCAGCUUGCGAGAAAGCAGGAUCUUUGAGGUCGGCGUUCGCAGGGUCCAUGUGGAGGAUAUCUGCUAUCUCCUUCCACAUGGUGUUGAUCUUGGUAUGCUUCCUUUGAUACUGAAGACGCCCACUCUAGCUGGUAUAUAUAUCUUGAAAAAAAAAAACUCAUGAUAGCAUAUCAAUUUGUCGAUCGAUGUGAUUGUUGUUGCUGUUGUAACUUGAAUUCCGAUGGCCGGUUUGUCGAGCUUUUCGUUUUGACUAUUCUUCUAGAGAAUGAGUGGCACUAGCUGCCUGAAUAAAGCAAUGAUAUGCGUAAGGUUUGCAUCUGGAAAUGAAUUGUACUCAUUAGAUUGGGCAAUUGCAAUAAAAUGUUACAAGAUACAAGAGUAAA